AUGUUUGGUGACGCGGAUUCACAAAGAUUACCGAUGGUAGUCUCAGCGCGCCAUUUGAAGAAAUCUGAACAAUACAAAGAUGUGCGCGAAACGGUUAAGAUGAAUCUGACCUUGACCCAUGUGACCAAUGUCUAUUACUCGGAUUUACAGCUUAUGGAAGCCAACACAAUGAAUGAAUGCUAUUGUGGAAUCAAUGACAGCUUGAUGGUGAACACAGGUCGCAAAUGA